UUUUCUGGACAAAAAAUAAAUAAUUUUGGUAAUACCUAUUAGUGUCGUUCGACUCGGGGAUGUUGUAGUGGACAGGAAAGGGGUGGAGCGGCACUUCCUUAACCUCACAAAAAAUCGGGUGGUGGUCACUGUUUAAGAAAAAAGGUUGUGUCGGGUUUUCAAAAUUUUCUUCGGAUCGGUCUCGGAUUGAAUAAAAGUCUGGAUUUCGGACAGCCCCUGACACCCUUGGUUCGCCCCCUGAUUCUUUCCGUUUAUUAUUUGAAUUUUUGGUACUUUUGGGGUCCUAUGGAAAGAAGAUUCGAAAUAUCCCUUAUUUUAUUAACGCUCUUUUUAGGUUUACCAAAAGUCUUUAAAAAUACACAGCCAGGUCAUGUGUUACUAGAAAUUAUAAACCGGACUUUUUUCUUAACCCGUAACAUCCCUCCUACACAAUAA